AUGGCAUUCAACCACACUGAACCAAAUGAUCUUCAUACCAUAUCUUUAGCUUUAAAAACAAGUAAAUCUUCCAACAUAAAUAAUUGCUCUAAUUUUGUGAGUAAAUUCAUCCUUCUAGGCUUCUCUUAUACCUGGGAAAUACAGAUGCUUCUCUUUUCAAUCUUCUCUGGAACAUAUAUUCUGACAUUAUUUGGAAAUCUGUGCAUUAUCUGUGCUGUGAGUUGGGACCACCGACUACAAACGUCAAUGUACAUUUUGUUGGCCAGUUUUUCAUUCCUGGAGAUCUGGUUUAUCACCUCCACUGUUCCCAGCAUGCUAGCCAACUUCCUUUCUGAGACCAGCACCAUCUCCUUCUCAGGCUGCUUCCUCCAGUUCUACUUCUUCUUCUCUCUGGGCACCACUGAGACCUUAUUCUUGUCUGCCAUGGCCUUUGACCGGUACAUUGCUAUCUGCAGACCCCUGCACUACCCCACCAUUAUGACCUUGCAACGCUGCAUUAGAAUGGGAGCUAGCUGUUGGGUGUGUGGCUUCCUGUACUUCCUCUUGCCUAUCUACCUCAUCUCUCAGCUCCCAUUUUGUUGUUCCAAUAAGAUUGAUCACUUUCUGUGUGACCCAGGACCCCUUAUAAAAUUGUCCUGUGUGCCAGCUCCUGCCACCGAGAUCACCUGUGUCAUCUUUAACUGUGUCCUCAUUUUCUCCACCUUCCUGUUCAUUACCAGCUCCUACACCCUGGUGAUCAGAGCUGUGUUGAGGGUCCCUUCAGCAGAAGGGCGGCAGAAAGCCUUCUCCACAUGCGGCUCCCAUCUGGCCGUGGUGUCCCUGUUCUAUGGCUCCAUCAUGGUUGUAUAUGUGAGCCCAACAGCAGGCAAUCCAUCAGGAAUUCAGAAAUAUGUGACUUUGUCCUAUUCUAUAAUAACUCCACUUUUUAACCCUUUGAUCUAUAGCCUCCGGAAUAAAGAAAUGAAGGAGGCACUCAGAAAACUAUUUAGGAUUGUGACUUUCAGUCAGAUUUACAGAAGAAAUGUUUGA